AAUUAGGUGAGAGAGCAGCAAAGCUAGCCUCUUUGCCACCAUUUAAUAACGCCUUUAGUUUUUUCAACUACUUUCCUCUUUGUCUCCUUCUCUCUGUGUGCUUUUCUUCACUGUUUGUUUCCCAUCAAAAUAUUGUGUCACACAGGAAGAAAAUCCCAGUUUCCACGAGAAAUUUUAAACAAAAAAAAGAAACCCAAAAAUGGACAAAGAAAAGAAAUUAAAACAAACCCAAGAAGAAGAAGAGGAAAUGGAAUUCAAAGACUGUGAAAACCAUAGCCAACAAGCUCAACAACAAGAAGAAGAAAAAGAAAAAAUCGAGAUAGGCGAUGAAAUAAUCCGAAGCAAAAUUGGUAUCAUGAGAGCACUUGCAGAGAGAGAUGACCCAUCAGUUAAGGAAGUGGAUGAUUUUAUGAUACGGAGAUUCCUUAGAGCUCGUGAUUUGGAUAUAGAGAAAGCAAACACCAUGUUAUUGAAGUAUUUGAGUUGGAGAAGAACGUUCUUGCCUAAAGGAUUCGUAUCUGAAUCGGAGAUUUCAAAUCAAUUGGCUGAUAAUAAGCUUUGUAUGCAAGGAGUUGAUAAACAAGGUCGACCUAUUGUCGUUGCUUUUGGUGGUAGACAUAAGCCUACUAAAGGGAACCUUGAAGAGGUUAAACGCUUUGUUGUCUAUGGUUUAGAGAAAAUUUGUGCCAGAAUGCCAAGAGGACAAGAAAAGUUCGUGGCGAUCGGAGAUCUCGAAGGAUGGGGAUAUUCGAACAGCGAUAUUCGUGCAUACAUCGCAUCUCUAUCGAUUCUCCAGGAUUGUUACCCUGAGAGGCUUGCCAAAUUGUUUAUUGUUCAUGUGCCUUACAUAUUCAUGACUGCCUGGAAAGUUGUUUACCCAUUCAUUGACAGCAGAACCAAGAAGAAGAUAAUAUUUGUUGAGAAUAAAAAGCUGAAAUCCACAUUGCUUAAUGACAUUGAUGAAAGCCAGCUUCCAGAUAUAUAUGGUGGCAAAUUGCCAUUAGUUCCUAUUGAGAACUGCUAACUUUGACCCAUGGGAUUUCUUUUUGGUGCACAACAAUAAGGAGAUUUUUAAAUCCAUAUAAACCUUAAUUAUAUUUCAUCACCCCCCAUUCUUACAUCACCCAUCAUUAUUAUAGAUAUAAUAUGUAUACUCUUUGAAUACUUAUGCAGUUCAAUAUAAAUUUCUUUCCUAUUUA